AUGGAGAAGGAAAACCGAACUGUGGUUGCAGAAUUUGUCUUUCUUCAUUUCACUAGCAUCCCAAGCCUUGAGACUGCAUUGUUUGUGCUGUUCCUAAUCAUCUACAUCCUGGCGCUGUUGGGGAACCUGCUGAUCAUUGUCAUUGUGGUGGCAGAUUCACGCCUCCAGACUGCCAUGUAUUUCUUCAUCUGCAAUCUGUCAAUGGUUGAGGUCUGGUAUACCACUGUCACAGUGCCGAAGAUGUUGGCGAAUCUCUUGGCAGACAAGAGAGCCAUUUCAAUCCCAGGUUGUAUCACCCAAUAUUACUUCUUCUUUGCCUUUGCUGCUAUAGAACUAUUCAUCCUUACGGUCAUGGCUUAUGACAGGUACCUAGCAAUAUGUAAUCCACUACGUUAUUCCACCAUCAUGAACCCUAAGACAUGUAGAAAUGUGGCUAUCCUGUGUUGGUUUGUAGGAUUCAUAUGCCCUACUUUUCCAUCUUUCAUGUUAGCUAAAAUAUCCUUCUGCAGUCCCAAUCUGAUUAACCAUUUUUUCUGUGAUGCAGGGCAGAUAUUUCGUCUUGCUUGUACCGAUACUUAUGCCAUCCAGGUUGUGGGUUACAGCUUUAGCUCUAUCAUUGUAAUGGCUGCUCUUUUAUUCACUCUAGGGUCUUAUAUGCACAUUGUAGUCACUAUAUUAAAAAUGUCUUCUGCUGCAGCCCGAAGGAAAACAUUCUCAACAUGUGCCUCACACCUCUCGGUAGUCACCAUCUAUUUUGGAACCCUCAUUUUCAUGUACGUUCGCCCAGCAGUGAGGCUGAUGAAAUACCAAGAAGGAAACAGAAGCAGAAAACACAACCACCAGCUAUGA